AUGACUAAUCACGAUGAUCUUGUUGAUAAAAUAGUCAAUGAUCCUAAUCGCGCACCGUUGAAGGGUGUGACUGGACCAAGUCCCUUAAGGGAAUUAAUUGGUUUUCAUGCGGCAACAUCAUUACCCCGUGAAGGAAAGAAGCCGAGUCACACCCAUGGGAAAAAGAAAUAAAUGAUAUAAAUAAGAUCACUGAAAUAAUUUUGCUGAACAUAAUUAAGGAAAGCUGGAUCGACUAGAACAUUGAUAAUAUAUACCAGAAGAAAUGGUGUCCAUCCGACGAGAUAAAGUGCUGAAACAGACAAUAACUGUCUUAGCA